AUGGCUUCUCCGCCUCGCAGCGAUGGACAUGCGAAAUGGCUGUCUGGAAACGCCAGCAAGGAUGGCCUCCGUGAUCUUCUUUGCGGGAUGAUGUCGGGCUUCGUGUGCAAGAUCGUGGAAUAUCCCGCAGAUACCAUCAAGGUUCUGGAGCAGACCAGCGGACGCUUCAGCGGACCGGUCGACUGCUUCCGGAAGACGGUGGCAACUUCGGGCAUUCUGUCACUCUACCAGGGCCUUGGCGCCCCGCUGCUGGGGUCCAUGGCCGAGAAUGCCAGUCUCUUCGUGUCGUAUGGAUACAUAAAGAAGGUCCUUUCCGUGGAUGAAGAUUUGGCCACACUCGCCAACCCCAUUCCAUUCUGGAAGCUGGUCUUGGCAGGUGGUGGCAGUGGUUUUGCAUCCACCUGCGUGCUGACGCCGGUGGAGCUGAUCAAGUGCAGGCUGCAGGCCCAGCUCAGCAGCACACAUGCUGAAAAGCUUUACAGGGGGCCAGUGGAUUGUGUUGUUCGCACAGUGCGAGAAGACGGUUUGACGGGCCUGUGGCGAGGCAACCUGAGCACGCUUAUGCGAGAAGUUCCUGGCAAUAUGGCUUGGUUCGGCGUUUAUGAGGGUGUCAUGAGGAUGGUGCAGACAGCCAAGCAGUACGAUAAGAAGAAAGAUGUUCCGCUUUUGUGGUCUGCCUUAUCUGGUUCCUGUGCCGGUGUCGCAUACUGGGGCGUGCCUUACCCAGCAGACACGGUCAAGUCCAAAAUUCAGACUGAUCCACGAUUCUACGGGCAGUCCUUCAUGACAGUUUUUCGCACUGUGCUGAGGGAAGAUGGCAUCUCCGGCCUUUACCGUGGUUGUGGCAUCACUUGCUUCCGUGCCGUUCCAUCUCACGCGCUGAUAUUCUAUGUCUACGAGAUGGCAAACAGGUUUCUGCUCAAAUUCUAG